UUUUCAUGUUCGAAUUGGCAUGAUGACAGACGCCGACGGCCUGGCGAUCGUCGACCUCUCGCAGCCCGCGGAGGUGGUCGCGCGGGACAUUGCAGCGGCCUGCACCACGUCCGGCUGCUUCCACCUCGUGCAGCAUGGCAUCUCGCCUCGUCUUCUCGCCGACGUCUGGGAGGCCAUGGACGCCUUCUUUACGCUCCCGCUACCACAGAAGCAGCAGUGCACGCCAGCCAACGCCGCCGACGACCGCGGCUACUCGAGCUUUGGCACCGAGAACGUCGCCGCUUUCAUGGGCCGACGCGGCGAGCCCAACGACCCGGUCGAGAAGUUUGCGUUCUCCAACCCGGCGAUCGUCGAUCCGGCGGUCGACGUGCACGGUCGCCCCAACGUGUGGCCGCCCGUCGAGGGCUUCCAGGCGACCAUGGAGGCGUACUACGCGGCGAUGAAAGCCCUCUCGAAAACGCUCUUUGGCCACUUUGCGAUGGCGCUAGACGUCGAUGUAACGUACUUUGCAUCGCGGACGUCGACGGCGCCCGACUCGGUCAAGCUCAACUACUACCCACCGUCGUCGUCUCGCCGCCGCUUUGCCGAGCACACGGACUCGGUGCCAUUCACGAUCUUGAACUUGGACGCGACGCGUGAUGCGCUCUUGGUGCAGACGCGGAGCAGCGACGCUUGGGUGCCGGUGAACGCGCAGCCGAACGGGCUCUUUGUCAACCUUGGCGACGUGCUCCAGCGCUGGACCAACGACGCGUGGGUCGCGACGCCCCAUCGCGUCGACGGCGGCCACGGACUCCGCAAGAGCAUCGCUUGCUUCAUCAUGCUCAAUGGCGACGCCACCAUCGAGUGCAUUCCGAGCUGCGAGCACAUCACCCAUGGGGCCAAGUACCCGCCAAUUACCUUUCACGCGUUUGUGCAGGAGAAAAUGCAGCGACUUGUGGGCUUGCCCUAAGGCCAUUAAUCCUUGUGUCGUUUGGAUGAUCUAUC